GCGUGUGUAUUAAUAAAUUACGUGAAGCAAAGAAUCGGCACAGUCUCGUGCGAACUCUUGCGCAACAGGCCGUUGGUGGCCGCACACUCGCCCUAUACAAGACCCUAGGGGCUGCAUAUUGUAAGAUGUUCCAAUUGAGCAGACUCUCCAUCCUAGUAGUGAUCCUGGCAUGUUUCCUGCAGGCCCAGGGGGCUGACAAAUACACCGAUGAGAACAGACCCUACGAGUUCGGGUUUACAAUUGAAGGGGAACAACACAGACAUGAAAAGAAAACUGAGGAUGGUCUAAUAGAGGGUGAGUUCGGCUUCAUUACCGCUGACGGCGUGUACCAUGUUACCGUUUAUGCCACCGAUGAGAACGGCAACUUCAAGAUCCUGUCCAUGAAGAACAUUCGAGUGAAACCUUACCCCACAGCUCCCGAAAGAAAAGGAAACUCGCUUCCGUUCCCUCCAUCUGUCAAGAAGCCUUUAACUCAAGGACCAGAAUUGGCUCCACCACUACCAGUGCAGUCUUGUUCUUCUUGCAGCAUUCCCUCCACUACGAAAGCACCCGCGCUAACCGACUACGCCGUGGUCUCUCAAGAUAACCCAAGUUACAACCAGCCUGAAAACCAAUACCCGCAAAAUCCUCAAUAUCCAGGAAAGUCACAGUAUCCAGGAAACUAUCCGCAAAAUUCUCAAUAUCCAGAAAAUUCUCAAAAUCCUCGAUAUCCUGAUAAUUCACAAAAUCCUCAAUAUCCUGAUAAUUCACAAAAUCCUCAAUAUCCUGAUAACUCACAGUAUCCUCAAGAGAACUACCCACAGGACAACUAUCCCGGACAACCGCAAGAUUACCCUCAAACUUCACAACAGUAUCCCCAACAACCCUUACAGGCUGGUGAACGAGACCCGAAGCAGAUCAAUAUCCCACCGCAAUUCACUGGACAGGAUCCGAACAAACCUAUCCUUAUCUCCGCUCAAAUACAGGUCGUUGACAAGAACACAGACAUCUACUCUAAAGGACCCGGAGAGAGGGAAGGUCUUCCAAACGGCUUGAACAAGGGAGAUAUGACGCUCCUUCUAUACACGUUCAACUACACCGUCGGUUUCCACGGCCACCACGAGGAAGGAUACACCAACGGAGCCAAAAAAGGUUACUAUUACGUAACUGGCAGAAACGGAGUUAGAACACGAAUUGAUUACGAAGCUGAUGAAAGAGGUUUCCGACCUAAAAUUACUCAAGAGUUGCUUGACUUAGCGUCUGAGGACGUGCCCAAACCCGAAACCGAAAAGGACGAGAAAUAUGGUCUCAAAGGCUACGAAUUUAAGUGGUUGUACUACCCAACGGAUUCAAAAAGACGAUAAACACACUCAUGUACCUUAUUUAGUCUAGUUUUAUACUUUUAGUGUUUAUAUUUAAGUUAGAAGUUUUAUAUUAUAACACUAGUGAUACAUGUUAGGUGCAAUUAUUUUUACUCCAUUACUGUAAACCUCCUGUACAUAUUCGUAAUUACCGCCUUGUGAACUGCCAUUAAAAUUACUCAACUGUACAUAACAGUCGUAUUUAUUAGUUGAAAAAUAAAAUGUUAACCAAUUUUAA